AUGUGUGGAAUAUUCGCUUGCCAUCAUCACCCAGAUGUGCAAAAAUUCAAGCCUACGGCUUUGCGCAUGGCGAAAGCCCUUCGCCACCGUGGACCAGAUUGGAGUGGAAACUUCAUUGGAGGCAACACUAUUCUCGCACACGAGCGUCUGAGUAUCGUCGGUGUCGAUACCGGAUCCCAACCCCUCGUCAACGACGACAAGACCCUUGCUCUCGCCGUCAACGGAGAGAUUUAUAACCAUCGCAUUCUAAGAAAGUCUCUUGAUCCUUCAUACAACUACAAGACACACUCAGAUUGUGAAGUCAUCAUCCCACUAUACAUGAAAUAUGGGUUAGACGCUCCCAAGCACUUAGAUGGAAUGUUUUCCUGGGUCCUUUAUGAUGCAAAGGAAGACCGCGUUGUCGCAGCUCGCGAUCCUAUUGGUAUAACCAGUUUCUAUCAAGGAUGGUCUUCCCAAACACCCGGAGCUGUUUACUUUGCCUCUGAAUUGAAGAGUCUGCACCCCGUCUGCGACAAGAUCGUUGCUUUCCCUCCUGGGCAUGUUUACGACUCCAAGACGGAUCAAAUGACACGGUAUUUUGAACCGUCAUGGUGGGACCCUAAAAAGGUACCAUCAACGCCACUUGACUACAAGGCCAUUCGGGAGAUGUUGGAACGCUCAGUUCGCAAGCGGCUCAUGGCAGAGGUCCCGUACGGUGUGCUUCUAUCUGGAGGAUUGGAUUCUAGCUUGGUUGCCUCAAUUGCACAACGUGAAACUCUCCGCAGCAGAGCCCUUCAGGAUGGCUUGUCACCUCAGCAGUCUGAUCAAUCCGGGCUUGUCGGAAUCGAUGACACUAACGACUUGUCGACUGUGACUGUCUUGGCACAAUUGCAUUCUUUCUCAAUUGGUUUGCCCAACGCUCCUGAUACCAAGGCUGCUAUUGAGGUGGCCAAAUUCCUCGGCACCAAGCAUCACGCUUUCACAUUCACUAUUGAAGACGGUCUCAACGCUCUGUCGGAUGUCAUCUACCACCUUGAAACCUAUGACGUGACCACAAUCCGCGCUUCCACUCCUAUGUAUCUUUUGAGCAGGAAGAUCAAGGCUCUCGGUGUGAAGAUGGUCUUGAGUGGUGAGGGCAGUGAUGAGAUCUUUGGAGGUUACCUCUACUUCCACGCGGCUCCGGACAAAGAGUCCUUCCAUGACGAAACAGUAAGAAGAGUCAAGAACCUGCAUCUUGCAGACUGCCUUCGCGCAAACAAGUCCACCUCCGCCUGGGGCCUUGAAGCCCGUGUGCCUUUCCUCGACAAGCAAUUCUUGGAAACUGCCAUGAACAUUGAUCCUAAGGAGAAGAUGAUCACAAAGGACCGUAUUGAGAAGUAUAUUCUACGAAAAGCCUUUGACACUACGGAUGAACCUGAAACUCCUCCUUAUCUUCCCGAUAACAUCCUCUGGCGCCAGAAGGAGCAGUUUAGUGACGGUGUUGGAUAUGGAUGGAUUGAUGCUCUGAAGGACAAUGCUGAGCUUCACGUCACUGAUGAGAUGAUGAAGAACCCAAAGCCGGAGUGGGGAAGUGACAUUCCCGACACAAAAGAGGCCUACUGGUACCGCACGAUGUUUGACGAGCACUUCCCUGCUUCCUGUGCAGGCACUGUGGAACGAUGGGUACCAACCUGGUCUAAGCAGUCUGACCCUAGUGGGCGGGCUAUCGCGACCCACCAGGCAAAGUAUAACAACGCGGUUUAG